AUGACAGACAUUUCUGGUGAGACUUUUGAGCCUUUUACUGAUGAAGUAGAGAGUUCAGAUUCAUUCUGUGCCUCUGGAGGGCAACAGCCCUGGCUCCAAGCCUCUGAGAGCAAAGCUGAGAGUAGUAAGCAGACUACAAUCUCAGAACAUCAAGACAAAGAAUCUGAGUUGUCAGAUUUUAAAAAUAAUGAAAAGAGGUUAAGUAGAAAAUGGAUCAACCACCUCAAGAGCAACAAAACUAACUAUGGACAGUACCAGUACCAACCAGAUACUAAAUUUCACAAAGAAAUCGUUCAGGUAUCAGAGAAAGAACUGAAUGCUGUGCAGUCUUUUUGCACCGCUAAGAUAAAUCUGAUCCAUCGUAGAGUGAACUAUAAGGAGGCAAAAAGCAGCAGAAGUAAAAAGAUACAGCUUAAAUCGGUUGCCGAGGACCCAGUGAUAGAUCCACAGAAAUGUACUGUACCUGAUGAGCUUUUGAACAGAAUCUAUUUAAAAAACCUGAGGGCAACACUAAAACAGAUGUCAGCUACUAAGCAGCACAUUUCUUCGCAGUGUCACAACUGUAACAGAAAAAGAGCAGAACUGGCCCAAUUCGCCUUUGUGAAACAAAAGAAGAUUUUACUGGAAUCACUUCUACUCCAACAGAAAGUAGAUGAGCAUCUACACACCAAAGAUUUUCUCACCUUUAUUGGAGAAGCACACAAGGACUUUCCCAGGCUUUCAGAUGAUCCCAGACUAAUCUGGAAAAGACUGACCAAGAAAAGUCAGAUUGGAUGCUCCGAUUUUGAAAAGUCAGAUACAGAGCAGAAGAUAUAGCAGGAUGGAUAUCCACUUGUCAUAUUCUCCUUUUUGCCUAGCACUUCUCAAGCCACUUCCUCUAACCAUACAAUACAGUGUUUACUAAUGGUAAGGUGGAUACAGGUCCUGUUAUAUAUUUAA